AUGUUAUCGUACAUCGACUUCAUUGGCUCUGAACAGGCGCACAAGUUGUGUCAGUCCGUGCAUAUUAGCAGCUGGUGUGCUUCAGCGGCUGACAACCUGCCGAAGAAAUGCAAGAACACUAUUCUAUCUCUGGCAUACGCUGAUGUCAAUGCGGUGCAAACAGUAGCCCUGGUUACGACAAAGGAAUGUAUUGCGUCAAACAACCAACGGAAACUCACCUACGAACUAAUUAAUCUGAUUUUCCAGUUGAAUGAUCAACUUGAGAGGCAGCAGAAUCGAGAUCGACAACUGCUUGAAGAAAGGAGCAGCAUGGAAAAGAAGUACAUCCAAAUGUUAAGGGAGUCGAAGGAGAAAAUGAAACAAACUUCCAAAAAGGCCAUCAGAAGGCAGGCGGCCUUCGAGGCUGAGUCCAAUAAAAGGUUGCAGGAGCUGCAGCAACAGAGGAGAUCGCUCAUGAAAAGGCUUUUCGAUACUUUCCUAAGGCAACUGAGCAACAUCAUGGUUGGUGCCCUCCAGCUGAAUGCUGCGGAACUCGAGGCCAGAGAAUACAAGCAUCGAACUAAAUUGCUUCAACAGCGCGUUGAACAUCUGGAGGAACAGGUCAACUAUGCAGUGAAAGCUAUUGAUGAUUUUGGAUCCAGUAGGAAAUCUGGGGAUGAAAAAUGUGAUUCAGAAAGUCAAAAUGAACCCUAA